AUACCAAGACCGCUCAGGAGUUGACUUCAUGAUCAAACUAUCCCAAAAAGUCAAAGACACUUUCCAGCCAGUGGUCCAGUCAUCUGAAAUUUCAUAUUGACAGCAGCAGAAUCCAGACUCGUCCUCCUUCACUUCAGGAGCUCCCUCCUGUUUUAUGUCAAGUUCUGCGAACUUUCAUCCACUCCAACCGUUGGGCAACAACAAUACUCAGGACUCUUUCAUCGCCUCGCAGUUUCAUGCAAUCUCAGGCAGCAAGCGAUCAGCCACCAAAUCGCUCCACCUUCGCACCGCCGCCUAAAGAGUCAGGUUACAUCCCUGCACCACCACCACCACCGCCACCAGCAUCACCAGCAGCAGCAGCAGCAGCUACACCCAGCGGCUAUCAACAGAACGCGUAUGCAGGCCUCCCGCGGCAUGGCGUUGAGAACUUUAUUAGCCGCCCGCUCGCCAAUUAUCCGCAGCCAGCAGUAUCUCAUUAUCCGUCGCUACCCGUGAUGGAGCUGAUGGAGACCCGCCACCAACCGACAGCCUACCGCCCGCCUACGGAAGCCAGCACGGCGGCUCGGUACAACAGUAUGUUUUUCCGAAAUGGGACAGGCGAGCGUUACUCUCGAUUUCAGUCGCCAUUAGCAAUUCAGACAGCUGGUGGCGCCAUGUUCGAAGACGACCUUAUGUCCGGACGGAGGGCAUUCCCCCUUUCCCACGGCCUGGUACCCACCCCGCAGUUCUCUUUCGGUUUCCCGAUGCACUCGCCGCAUGACCCCAUGUCUUUGGCUGCAGUGGGGCAGUCACAACAGUUCGGAUCUUACCCUCACCUGCCGGCCCCAGACCCUAAGCGCAUGCUUGGCGGAGUUGGGAUGGGCGUUGGCAUGGCAACCAGUCCUGAUGCGGCAGACAAGAACAUCAAGAUCACGUUGGAAAACCGAGACUUGUGGAGCAGAUUUCAUGCCCUGGGUACAGAGAUGAUCAUCACGAAGACCGGCCGGUGAAUGUUCCCAACCAUCAAAGUGUCUCUCACGUCUUGACCCGC